UCACAUUUUAUGGUUGCUAAGAGACUAAAUUGUCUAUAUGCUUUUAAUCUUUUCGAUAAUAUCUUAGCCCCUCUACAUCUAGACCACUUGAUCCACCACCUCAUAUUAAAAACGUGUAUCUUAUCAUAUGUGGAUAGAUCGCUUCACAAGUGGAUCAAAAGAAAAAUGUAUUUGCUUAUUUCGUUUUCACUAAAGAUUUAGAUUAAAAAAUAUUAUCAUCAACAUUAAAAUAAUUUAAUAUGAUUAUCUUGGUUAUCAGAACUGCAUUUGUCGGUAGCAUAUUUUAUAAUUUUUUUAAAUUAUCCUAAACAAAAAGAUGAGUGUAUGUAUGUAUGUAUAAGAUUAGUUUGUUGUCAUAAACGAAAAUAUCCAGGUAAGAAGAUAAGAUAUAAAUAAAUAAAAAGCUAGUAGUAUAUAAUUAGUAAACUAAAACACGGAUUAAAACGUAAGAUCCCCCAUAAUCCUCUCGGUCUUUCUUCUUCUUUCCAUAAUAAAAAUCAAAAAACAAAAUUACACAUCUCUCUCUAUCGAACUUGUUGUGUAUAUACGGAGGAGCUUUUAUUACAGAUUAAAGUGUUUUUGGCUUUUUGUGUUGUGUGUUUGUGCGGAUGACUCGUCGGUGUUCGCAUUGUAGCUAUAAUGGGCAUAACUCCCGCACGUGUCCGACUCGUGGGGGUGGUGGUGGCACGUGCGGUGGAAACGGAGGAGGAUCUUCUGCUUCUUCCUCCUCCUCCUCUGCCGUGAAGCUGUUCGGCGUGAGGUUAACGGAUGGGUCGAUUAUCAAGAAGAGUGCGAGUAUGGGUAACCUCUCUGCAUUGGCCGUGCACCACCGCUUGUCUCCGUCGUCUCCUUUGGCGACGGGUAAUCAUAAUGACUCGCCGUUGUCGGAUCAUGGGAGGUACUCUAGUCAGGAUAACGGAGGGUAUUUGUCGGAUGAUCCAGGUCAUGGUUCUGGGUCUAUCCACCACCGUCGUGUGGAGAGGAAGAGAGGUGUUCCUUGGACUGAGGAGGAGCACAGGCUAUUCUUAGUGGGUCUUCAGAAGCUAGGCAAAGGAGAUUGGCGUGGUAUUUCAAGAAACUAUGUGACUUCAAGAACUCCUACACAAGUGGCUAGUCAUGCUCAAAAGUAUUUCAUCCGCCAUACUUGUUCCAGCCGUAGAAAAAGACGUUCUAGCCUCUUCGACAUGGUUACCGAUGAAAUGGUAACCGAUCCAUCGCCAACACAGGAAGACCAAACCUUAAGCAAGGAGCCUGAAAGCAAAACCUUCCUUCCUUCACUUGAGCUCAAACUCAACAAUGCUACAGAAUCUGAAGCGGCGCCACCACAGGAGCAACCUGAGGAAGCGGUAGAGCCACCAAACGGGCUUUCACCAAUGCUAGUCCCAGGCAGCUUCUUUCCUCCUUGCUUUCCAGUCACUUACACGAUUUGGCUCCCUGCGACUUCCACUUCACUUCAAGGAACAGAGCCUUCCUUAGAAGUCUCAGCUUCUUUUCAGCAGCAUCAGGUCCUCAAACCAAAACCUGGAUUUGCUAAAGAACGCUCCAACAUGGACGAGCUGGUCGGUAUGUCUCAGCUUAGCAUAGGAAUGGAGACAAGUCAUGAAACCGAGACUCCCAUGUCUCUGAAACUAAUAGGAGAGCCGUCAAGGCCAUCUGCGUUUCACUCCAAUGGCUCCGUUAGUGGCUCGGGUUUGAGUAAAGGCAGCAGCGCGAUUCAGGCGACCUGAAACAAAAAAAUCUUGUUGGUGAUUCGAGAAACGAAGAUGUGGAAGGUCCUGACCGGAUUAAACCAGAGGAAGUUCUUGGUUUUAGGAGGAAACAAACCAAGACAUAAGCGAUUAGAGAACAACAGUACUUACAAAGAGAGAACAUACCAAACUGUAACAAUAGACUUACCAAAGAGUUAAACACGUUACUCAGCAUUACGUCAUACUUACAUAAGAUAAGUACACAUAACAAUAUUACCCCUCAUUUUAAUGUCUUGGCUUAUUUUUAUUACUUUUUUCCAAAAUUUAUAAUGUUUUAUAGAAUUUUUUGGGGUGUUAAAACAGAGAUGUUUUGAUAUUUUAAAUCGUUUUACUAGUUUUGUGAUAA